AUGGCGUGCCCGUAUAUGAAUGGAGGGGAUACACUGCCUCAUCGAGUCACGUUCAUGGAAGGAGGAGAGGAAUGUCAGCAGGGUGUGAACAAAGUGGAAAUGGGAUUUGGACAAACGUAUCCGGAGUAUUUGCAGCUUGACAAAAUACUGACAGCACAAAAAUUGAAAUCAGAAGCGGACGGUCAACGUGUCGAUGACGAGCAUCUCUUCAUCGUCAUUCAUCAGGCGCACGAACUUUGGUUCAAACAGAUUAUUUUCGAUUUGGAUAUUGUUAGAAAACUCCUGAAUAAUACUAUUGUCGAUGAAACAAAAACGUUAAAAAUUGUAUCGGGACUGGAUCGAAUCGUCAAAAUUCUGAGCCUUCUCACAGAACAAAUCACACUUUUGGAUACGAUGAGUCCGUUGGAUUUUGUGGAUUUCAGAAAAUAUUUGACUCCGGCUUCCGGUUUCCAGUCGCUCCAGUUUCGUAUUCUGGAGAAUAAGUUGGGUGUGAAGCAGGAGAGAAGAAUCAAAUACAACGCUCAACACUACAAGAAUGUAUUCAACGAUGACGACCUGAAGGCGUUGAAUACGACAGAAGAUGAGAAAAGUCUUUUGACUUUGAUCGAGAGUUGGUUGGAGAGAACUCCAGGAUUGAAGUCAACUUCAGAAGACGAAGGAUUCUGGAGCAAGUAUGAGAGUUCGGUUAACAAAUAUCUCAGUGAUUUGGCCAAGCAAGCUGAGGACCCGUCCAACACGGAGGAGAUCAAAAAGCAACUCCGCGCCGAGUACAGCAAAACUUCGGACGCUUUCCAGUCGAUUCUGGACCCACGUCAACAUGAGCAACAUAUCAGAAAUGGAAACCGUCUUCUGUCCCAUGACGCUACUAAAGGAGCCAUGAUGAUCUACUUCUAUCGUGAUAUGCCACGUUUCUCACAACCGUACCAGAUUCUGACAUUCCUUAUGGAUAUUGACAGUUUGUUCACCAAGUGGAGAUACAACCACGUCCUCCUGGUUCAAAGAAUGCUCGGAGCUAAACAAGGAACUGGUGGCUCUUCUGGCUACAUGUAUCUCCGUUCAACAGUCAGCGAUCGCUACAAAGUCUUUUUGGAUCUUUUCAAUCUUUCAACCUGGUUGAUUCCACGCGAAUACAUUCCAAUGCUCUCCCCGAGAAUGGUCAAAACUCUCUCCGAACAUUCGAAUCUUUCCCAUUCGCAAUCUUCAGAAAGUGAAUGA